UUUCAGAUUCAUCUGAAACGAACUGCGAAAAAACGAAAAAAUAUAUUUAAAAAUUAAUUGCUUCUCGAAAAAAAAUGAUUGAAUAUCCUAUAACUCACGCAACAACUUCCAAAACUCAUCACCAUCACUACUCGCCGAGCCUCGCCACGUCAUUAUCAUCCGACAAGUCUGCCACGUCAUCAACUUAUCGAUUGAAUCGAGUCGAAUCGGAGGAAGAGUUCGACGAGAGACCGGGCGCCGAAUCGGCAACCAGUAAUACCGUUCUACUGAUGGCUGAUACUAUCACAACAGACGACUCGUACUGCGGAGACGAAGAGCAACGAAGAAGCAUGGGCUCCGUGAGCAAGACAGUAAUAAGUGCUCGUGGAGCCUCUCCAGAUGAUGAACAAAAUGGAACGAAAAAUGGAAUAUCAAAUGGUUCAGAAUGGGCAAAAUGUAUAUUUUUAUUCUUUUUCCUUUUUAUUGCCGGAAUGUCGAAUUGGGCAGUUUUGGCGUAUACUCAUGACUAUGUGCCACGAGAAUCGCUGCCGGAUAUUGUGUUUAGCCUGGUUUCGGAGCAACGGUGGGCUUCUAGUUUAGGAGACUUUUGUGUAGCGCUAUGCAUCGUGAUGCUCGGCGCACUGCUCGUCAUCCAUCAGCACCGUGGCACAAUUUUAAAACGAGUCGUUUUCUGUGCGGGAACCUUAUAUGCAAUGCGGUCUGUGACACUUGCAGCGACACAAUUACCCUCGGGGUACACGGAUAAUCAGGGGAGAUGCCGGGAUCAAGUGGAGUCAGAAGCUGGUGUUUUCUUUGGGAGGCUCUUUGAGCAGACGAUUAGGAUCGGGUUUCAGAGCAAAGAUCAAAUGCUAUGUGGAGACCUACUUUUCUCCGGUCACACACUUGUGAUGGUCACCUGCUCUUUGGCCGUCGCCUAUUACCUCCCAAAAUCGAUAAAACCACUGCAAUGGGUGAGCCACGUGGCAUGUUUGAUUGGGAUGAUAUGUAUGACGAUAUCACGGACUCAUUAUACAAUUGAUGUGGUUAUUGCAUAUUGGUUGAGCAAUAUGGUUUUUAGAAUGUACCACGCGUACUGUGAGGUAGACAUGUGCAUGGAACGGCGAAAAAGUAUACUGUAUUCGUGGUGGCCGUGCCGUAUUGUUGAUUGGCUCGAGCAGGAUAUUGUGCCCGGUCGUCUGGAGAAUCGUUGUCAGCUUCCGUGGCGGCGCUCGACGCCGCGCGGCCAAGAAAGGGGCGGAGCCAGCGCGGAGUCAUCGGACUCGUCGGUUACAAUGUGCGAUAAUAUUACGACGUCACAUCAUCAGAAACAUGUUUCUAUUAGCUCCUCAUCAACCUACCCACUUCCAUGCUGAUAUCCACUACAGAAAAAAAUCAAUAAAUUUCUCAUUUCUCCCCAUUUCCCCCGAUCUCUAAUUCUCACCAAAUUAUCGAUUUUUUUGUUCCGCUUACAUAUAUCGAUUUCUAGUUUCUCGAAUUGUUAGUACCGCCUGUGAUGCAAACCCCGCCUCCACCAAUCUAGGCUCCGCCCCCUUUUAGUACCGGUUGUUUUUGUUUGGAUUAUCGAUUUUUUUGGGCAUUUUACGGGUUACUUUCUCACCUAAUUUUGUGUGUGUGUGAUUUUUCUAUUGAAAAAUCGGGAUAUUUUGAUUUAUAAACAAUUUUUUUG